UCAAACGGUUUCUACAUUGAUGAGGAUAUGCCAUCAAUUCCUUCGUGACAUUUGGACACCGAAUACCGAGAUCUUUGCAGUCGAUACUCGCGAUUCUUUAUGGCAAGCUCCGUCCUUUCCUCGCCCUCAAUCCAGGACCUUCCUCCACACGAGGAUGCUCCUCCGAAAAAGCGGGCAAGAGGGCGGCCUCUCAAAAAUCCCGGCCAAUCAAAUAUCCCUGAAGAGCGGCGGCAACAGGUCCGAAAAGCCCAAGAAGCUUUUCGGCAGCGAAAGCAAGCGGCGGUGAAAUCUCUCGAGCAACGAGCUGAAGCCUUAGAGGACUGUGUGGAAGAAAUCAGCAAAGUUUUUUUGAGCUUCAGUGAGUCUAUGCUUAAGACUCAAAUGGUGCAGAGGGACCCGGAGAUAGGAAGGAGCCUCUUGUCGACUACGUCAAAGAUCAUUGAUCUGGCUAGAAUUGCUGUCGCGGAAAACGAGGAAUUAGAGCCAAAGAUUGAUGGUUCCAUCUCUAGACAGCUUUCGGUUACGAAGGAUAGACAGUCAUCCCUUUCAGCAAUGGAUCUUCCCCACGUCCGUCUCCCAGACAUCUCCCGUCCGAGUAAUUUCUUUGGCAAUGGAUGGUUUGACUACGAGCCACAUGGCCUGUUACGCUUGCCUGAAGGGAAUCAAGAUCUCAGUAUGCCUCCACUCGGGUUCGGUAUGCACCUUAUCAGGACCAAUCUUCAAGUUGCAUACUUUGCUUUGAUGGAUGAUUCUGGAACUCAAAACCCCCUCGUUAUGCAGAUGUUCAAGUAUGCAUUCCUUUAUCAUACAAGACAUGAGAUCAUGGCCAACCUCCGCUGGUUCUUGGAACACGGCAUGCAAGCACAACGUUGGCUUGGAAGAGCAGUCUUCGGAUUUGACUCGACAUUGUCCUUGCAACAUUUCAAUGUUGUCCAACGAGAAUUCAGACCCAAAAUUCUGCACCCUUUAGUCGAUGCUCAGGCUUUAUUAGGGGCUGAUUAUGCCUCAACCUCAUCUCCAUUUUUGAAUGCUUUCGACGUUGAAGAAUACCUCAUCACGAAAGGAGCAUAUCACAUCGAUAACGAAAUCAUUCAUUUGCAGACUUGCACUUGCAAGCUAGAGCAUACAAUGAACUCACGCUGUAGAAGCGAUCAACUUCACACACUUCAAUCAGCAAGCACACCAAAUGAUCCGAGUGUCUCUACCUAUUCCUCAGAAGUAUAUGAGAUAGGUCCAUGGACCACAACAAGCGCUGCCCUGUUUCCGGACGCAUUGGACGAAAGCGAAAAUUUACCAACGGAUACCCCACUCGACGAUUCCAGCAAACCAGUUGUGGAUUCUAGAGGAAAACCUUGUGAGGUAUUCGAUUUCAAUGCUCUUCUCAAGGACGAGAACCAUCAAUCUAUCAUGCAAGACGAAAAUGACCAAGACCAAAGAGAGGAAUCUUGUGAGCGAGGUCAGAUUGUCAGCCUCAGUGUUCCUCUGUUGUUGGACAAUUUAAUUCGGAAUUCUCUCUGCUUGGGAACCGGUCCUGGAUAUCCGCGAAACUCAAUUGACGUCGCGAUCCAGUCCUCGAUGCACCCUCCGAUGCCCUGAUAAAGGCAAUGGCUUUGACCUGGU